AUGGGUAGUUUAGCCGCAUGGAAUAUAAGGGGUUUGAACCGACCCCUGAAACAAAAAGAGGUUCGGCAGGUCAUGAAGGAUAAUCAUUUGCAGGUUUUUGCUAUUAUGGAGACUCAUGUGGAUGCUUCUAAUGUAUCGAGUGUUUGUAAAAAAGUGUGUCGGUCUUGGAGUUGGGCGACUAACUCGGGAUGUUGUCAAAAAGGAACGCGUAUUAUGGUGGGGUGGGAUGCCGAUGUUGUGGAUGUUAUGGUGUUAACCCAAUCUGAUCAGGUAAUGCACACUCAGAUUAUUUUCAAAAUGGAUCGGAAAACAGUUUUUUGCUCGUUUGUUUAUGCUGAUAACCAUUAUAAGAACCGUAGAAAACCAUGGGUUAUAAUGGGAGAUUUUAACUCAUCGUUAUAUUUAGAAGACUCGUUAACAAGUUCAUCUACGAGUAGUGUUGGGAUGAGGGAGUUUAAGGAGUGCGUGAAUAACAUUGAGGUAUUUGAUAUUAAUAGCUCAGGUUUGCAUUACACGUGGUCGAACAAACAGAAACAAGGUGCGGUGUUUAAAAAGAUAGAUAGAGUUAUGGGCAACACUCUGUUUAUUGACGUUUUCCCAGCGGCAGCGGCGUGUUACCACCCAUACAGAAUUUCCGAUCACUCACCAUGUAUUCUUACUCUGCCAAGUGUUACGAGGGAGAAGCCGAAACCUUUUAAAUUCGUGAACUUGUUGUCGGAGAAAAAGGGUUUUAUAGAAGAGGUCAAACGCACUUGGGAUGUAGAUGUGCAAGGGUUCCCUAUGUACCAAGUAGUUCAGAAGCUCAAAGCCCUUAAGAGACCGUUACGUAAGCUUUUUCAACAACAAGGUAACUUGCAUGAAAAGGUAAAAGAGGCACGGAACAAUCUGGAUGUCUGUCAAAGGGCAAUGGAUGAAGCUCCAAUGAACUUAGAGCUGAAAACACAGCAUGCUGACUUUAUCAAAAGAAUUUUUCCGAUUCGGGAUGCGAAUGGUAAUUUGUUUGAAGGGGGUGCGGUUUCGCCGGUUAUGGUUGAUCAUUAUACUCGGUUUUUUGGGAGUUCAGGCGCUAUAAGCAUUGAUCCGUCUCCAGAUUUAUUUUCUAAUGUGUUGUCGGUUGAUAAAGCUUGUGGGAUGGUUCGAGAUGUUACGGAUGAAGAGAUUAAAGGAGCGAUGUUUUCCAUAGCAGGUAACAAGGCUCCCGGUCCAGAUGGGUUCACCUCGGUUUUCUUUAAGAGGAGUUGGGAUAUUGUUGGAGAUGAUGUCUGCCGAGCCGUCAAAGAUUUUUUCAGGAAUGGGUUAGGGGAUAUUGUGAGCAUUAAUCAGUCUGCUUUUGUCCCGGGGAGAAAAAUUUCUGAUAAUAUUCUUUUAACUCAAGAAUUGAUGCACAAUUAUCAUCGAAAUGUUGGUCCUCCGCGGUGUGCAUUUAAAGUUGAUAUUCAGAAAGCAUAUGACACGGUGGAUUGGAAUUUUCUACAGAAGAUAUUGGUGGGGUUCGGUUUCCAUGAAAAAAUGGUAAAGUGGGAGAUGGCUUGCGUUGCUUCUACUUCUUUUUCGGUAGCCAUUAACGGGAAUUUAUAUGGUUUCUUUAAAGGGAGAAGGGGUUUGUGA